UCUAGGACAUUCUGGUUCUGCACGGUUUGGUAACUGCCAUUAUGGGUACACCAAAUGAUCUAGCAGUACUGCAUGCAAUAUUUAAUCCCAAUGCUCCGUUUUGGGAUUUAGAAGAGCAGAACAUAGACAAUAGAGAAGGGCACGAGGAUUCUGAUAGAAAGUUUCCUCCUGAGCUUCUUGAGCAGGUUCAAAUUCUGGAGAAACAAGGAGUGGAGGCAGCAGAGUCUGGGGAUGCAGAGACAGCACUGCAGAGGUUUAAUGAAGCAAUUUCACUGCUCCCUGAACGAGCAUCUGCCUACAACAAUAGAGCUCAGACCCUGAGACUAAAGGGGGACAUUAUUGGUGCACUACGGGACCUAAACAUUGCUGUGGAGCUGAGCGAGGGUCAAGGCUUUGUGGGACAACAGGCCCUAGUUCAGAGGGGGCUUGUUUUGCGCCUUCAAGGUCAAGAAGAGGAAUCAAGGAAAGAUCUCCAAAGAGCAGCUGAGUUGGGCAGUGAAUUUGCCAAACGGCUGCUGGUCCAGCUGAAUCCAUAUGCUGCACUCUGCAAUAGAAUGCUGAGGGAUAUGAUACAGAAUCUGAGCGAACCAAACAGCCAGAGAUGCCAAAACUAGCCGCAGAGGGCAGGGUACACCGUUAAUAGCCCCAGUCCAACUAUACCUGCAGCCAGCGGCCCAUGACCUGUGGUGAAAUAGCCCUCCUUUUGGCAGCUCACAGUUGUUAAGGGGGCCCAAGGGGUAGCUGUUGUGGACCCUAAGGUUAGCUUGGGCACUGGGCAGAAGCACAUAUAUUAAAGACAGCCAUGACUAAGGGGCAAUUUUUGGUGAAGAGAUAAAAAUCACUUUGUAAACGUUGUAAUCACAAAAGCAGGGGUUUAGAUCGGAGGCUAAGCACAGUUGGUCUUUGUAGCUCAACUAGGGGCUUGUUGUUAUUGAAUAUAGGGAAAUGUUAGUUUCUGUAAUGAAACGAUUCUAGAAAUAAGUAGUAACGGAACAACAUACUGUGCUUAAAAGAACUCACUAAAGGAAACCCUUGCCUUCUACUGACAUAGUCACAUAAUGAAUGUUUAUAUAGCAAUAAUAAUAAUAAUAUAUCUCAAUACAGCACCAAAAUGAUGGUGAAUUUGUACUUGUGUACGCUAAUGACAUUAUUUUAUGGUAAUAAAAGUACCCCAUUCCACUGUUA